AUGGCCCUCCCACCCAAGUUCAAAGGCCACCGCCUCGUCUUCACCGACGAUGCCACGACCACGUCCCCCUCCGACCCGCCCCCUCACACCCUCGAGUUCUACCUCGACUACGUCUGCCCCUUCUCAGCCAGUCCGUCCACCCUCCAUCCUCUCACGCUGCGCGGCGUCUCGGACCGCUUCUGGGUGUUCAUCUCGGACCUGUUCACGCACCAGACGGCCUUCUUCGACGAGGCCGUCGCGGGCGAGACGCGCAACGCGACCUACCUGCGGCUGGCGAAGCUGGCGCGCGAGAGCGUGGGCGUGGACGAGGAUGAGAUGUAUCAGCUGUUGGAGGUGAAGCAGCUGGAUGGGGGCAAGAAUGCGAGGAAUAAGGUCACGGCCGACGUUAAGACCGUGGUGAAGAUGGCGAGGUUGACGGGGGUGCAUGUCACGCCGACGGUGCUGUUUAAUGGGGUGGUGGUGGCCGAGAUUGGGAGCGCGUGGACGGGGGAGGACUGGGAGCAGUGGUUGGAUUCGAAUAUCCCGUGA